CGGCCAUGCCGCGCCUCCUCCUCCUCCUCUUCUUCUUCCUCCUCAUCCCGCACCUCCACCGCGCCUCCACGCCCAGCCCGGGCAACAGCACGGAGCCUCCGCGGGCGGCCGCGGGGAACGAGACGCAGCCGGAGUCSGGGCACGAGUCCGGGCCGAGGCUGUCGGUGGGGUCGGGGCUGCCGGUGCUGAGGCGGGCGGUUUAUGUGCUGAGCGCUCUGUCGGCGCUGGCCGCGCUYUACUUCGUGCUGCGGGCUUUCCGGUUGAAGAAGCCCCAGAGGAAGAAGUACGGGCUGCUCUCGAGCCACGACGAGAACAUCGAGCUGGGYUCCCUGGACAGUGAUGAGGAGACCGUGUUUGAAACACGGAACCUGAGGCGAUGAUUCAGGACCAGCAAUGCCAGCUGCCAGUACUGAUGGAGGGUCCAAUCCCAGUGGAAUCUCCAGUGCUCAAGUUCUGUAYCUGCUUACAGUGACUAUUAAUUAACAGUUCAAGCCCUUCCAUAGCUGGGGCAGGGGAAAGGGGACCAAACCUGUUUUCUUCACAUGCAUUUAUUUUUGGGGACAUUUUUUGGGAAAGUUGGGAGCUGUUCACUGCAUGGGGAGAGGCUGAGGUAAGGGAGAUGUUCCUGGAUGAUUUUCAGCAGCUGAAAUUUGAGCUUUGAGCUCAAGAGCUGCCCCUGUGCCUCAUAUCCCUCUCUCCUUGCCCUGGAAGCAUCGGUUUCCUUUUCCAGGCUGAUCCUCUUUCCUUCAUGCAAUAUCAGGUUACUUCUUUGGGAAGUGUCUCUGUAAUCAGCUCCUGGGAGGAGCUGGGAGAGCUCUCGGUGUCUGUUGCACAAACAGGGGGURGGAGGGUGAUGGUACAGACAGAACAGCUUUGGGAAUGAGUUAAAYGAGUUAAAUUUUGCAGGGUUAGCAGUUCCUGGGAUAAUCCAGGUCAUUCAUGGGUUUACAGACAUGUUUACAAAUGGAAGGGGCCACAACCCAAAGAAAUAUUUCUCCAAAAGAGCCACCGAAAGGGCUGGGAGUGCCCGGUGUCUGCCCAGCCCCAGUCGUGCGUUCAUCGGGGACACAUGUGACACUGGUGACACGUGUGACAUCUCCAAACUCUGGAUUUUGAGAUACCUGAGGAAGAGCCAGGGAGUGUCUUGGAGCAGCUGAUGCCUGGAAAAGGGGAGACCCCAACCCCUCUUGACUGUGAUUCAGAUCAGCCCUGGCUGUGAGUUAUCUCUUCUCCACGACCCUGGAGUUUCACUCCCUUGGCUGGUACUCAACGGGGAUCUUCCCUGCAGCCCAUUGUUAUGUGGAUAUUUGGCAUCUGAUUGUGUAGGACCAAAGGUGAAUGUGUCAGGAGGUUGUUGUUGGGUGGAUCUGCUGCUAAAACUGCUCGCCAARUGCUCCUGUCUGUGGCCUUUCUUUCCAAACUGGCAGCACAUCCUUAAAUCCCACUUCUCCCCCAAGCUGGUAGUGCCUUUGUUUGGAUGUGCCCUGCGGGCAGGGAGGUCCCUGUGGCACCUUUAGGGUGAAUAUUUCGAAUGUCUUUGGAAUGUCUUUGGCUCUUUUCCUUUGGCUUGCAAAUCCCCUGUGGAUCAGGGGGCAUUGGUGUCACUUGGGGAGGGGACAGAUGGGGUGUGCUGAUCAGGGAGGUGCUGGGGGCUGGCAGCUGCUCCAAGAUCCCCUGAGGCUGUUGAAGGAGUGCUGUGAUCCUGUGCAAGUGGCCACGUUCCCCUGUUCAGGACAGGUGAGGUUUCCUGGAGAAAUCCCACCUCUGUGGCAGCUCCCUCUUGCAUGUGCACAAAAGGAUUUUAAAACACAUAUAUAGGUAUAUUUUUAAUAACGCCGCCAUGUGCACACACAAUGCUUGGAUGUGCUCUGUUCUCCUGUCGUUUGGAUCCUCCCACACCUGUUUUGGGGUGUUCCCUGCUUGUGUAGCUGCUGCAGAUGGGAGCAGGCAGAGAUUCCUUGUGGGAAUCGUGGGGAUUGCUGCAC